AUGCAGACUGAUGCUUUUGAAAAAAGAGAAAACGGAACAUACGUUACAGAAUUCAUCUUACUAGGUUUGGGAAAACUUGAAGAUUUUUCAAUGCUUCUUUUCUUGGUGUUUCUCAUGAUCUAUACUUUGACUCUGACCGGAAAUGUUUUGAUUAUUGUCCUGAUUGUAUCUGAGCAGAAUCUUCAUACUCCAAUGUAUUAUUUCUUAGCAAAUUUGUCCUGCUUGGAAGUUUGCUACAGUUCAACUAUCCUACCCAAGAUGAUUGCAGAUUUUCUAAGUGAUAGCAAGUCAAUUUCUGUCUGGGGUUGUUUCAUGCAAUUAUUUUGUUUUGGUUGUCUUGUCAUUGUGGAAUGUUACCUCCUGUCAGUGAUGUCUUAUGAUAGAUUUGUUGCCAUCUGCAAACCACUGUAUUAUUCCAUGAUUAUGAAUAAUAGAGUCAUUUGCAUUUGCAUAGCAUCAUCAUGGUUGUGUGCAGCAUUAAUUUUAGUGAUAAUCAUAUGUCUGGUGGCAAAACUAUCAUUCUGUGGGCCCAAAAAAAUUGAUCAUUUCUUCUGUGACUUUAGUCCACUACUCCAACUUUCUUGCACAGACACGAGUCAUGUCAGACUUUUAGCUCUUAUAUUUGGAUCAAUUGAUAUUCUUCCCCCAUUCAUUCUAACCAUUGCAUCCUAUGUUUGUAUUAUUAUUGCCAUUCUGAGAAUUCCAUCCACAACCGGAAGACAAAAAGCAUUUGCCACAUGUUCCUCUCAUCUCAUUGUGGUCACUAUUUUUUAUGGAACUCUGAUGAUUGUCUAUAUUUUACCAGACACUGGCACACUCAGGGAUGUUAAAAAGGUUUUUUCGAUUCCCUACACCAUAUUAACUCCCAUGAUCAAUCCUCUUGUUUACACUUUGAGAAAUCAAGAGGUGAAGAAAUCUUUGAAAAAGGCAUUGAGUAAUUUCAUUUACUUCAAUGAAAAGAAAAUAUGUAAUAUUUGGGUAAUAUCUGAACAUAAUUUUAAGCUAUAA